UUUGUCGUUUGAGUUUACUGUGGCUUGGGAAAAAGGAGCGUGUUGUAUUUGGUGUGUAGAACAGGUUCUAAACGAUCUGCAAAUAUGGCUAAAGAAAGAAUCCAUAUCAACAUGGUCAUAAUUGGCCAUGUAGACAGUGGCAAAUCCACAACCACUGGUCACCUUGUCUACAAAUGUGGAGGAAUUGACCCCAGAACACUGGAGAAGUAUGAGAAGGCUGCAACCCAGAUGGGAAAGAGUUCCUUCAAGUAUGCCUGGGUUCUGGACAAACUGAAAGCAGAGAGGGAACGUGGCAUAACCAUUGAUAUUUCCCUGCUGAAAUUCAACACUCAGAAAUACACCUUUACUAUAAUUGAUGCACCUGGUCAUCGUGAUUUCAUCAAAAACAUGAUCACCGGGACUUCACAGGCUGAUGCUGCUCUCCUGAUUGUCUCUGCUGCAAAGGGUGAGUUUGAGGCUGGGAUUUCUCGCAAUGGUCAGACGAGAGAGCAUGCUUUGCUGGCUUACACCCUUGGGGUCAAACAACUCAUGGUCUGUGUCAACAAAAUGGACCUCACCGAGCCACCGUUUAGCCAGAAACGUUAUGAUGAAGUGGUGAAGAGCGUUUCUGUCUUCAUCAAGAAGAUUGGCUUUGAGAUCGGUGCUGUACCUUUCGUACCAGUUUCUGGUUGGAGUGGCGAGAACAUGAUUGCCCCAUCCCAAAAGAUGCAAUGGUUCAAAGGGUGGAAACUCAAGAGGAAAGAAGGCCACUCAAAUGGUAAAACCUUGUUGGAAGUGCUCAAUUCUCUUCUUCCUCCAGUACGCAAUGUGAGCAAACCACUGCGCCUUCCCCUACAAGAUGUCUACAAGAUUGGCGGUGUUGGCACGGUCCCUGUGGGUAAGAUUGAGACCGGGGUCUUAAAACCUGGAAUGGUGUUAACCUUUUCUCCAGCAAGGUUGACUGCUGAGGUCAAGUCAAUUGAGAUGCAUCACCAGGAGCUUAAGACUGCCCUUCCUGGCCACAAUGUAGGCUUCAACGUUAAAAAUGUGUCUGUAAAGAACCUUCGGAGAGGUGAUGUGGCAGGUAACUCCCAGCAGGACCCACCAUCGGAUGUCAGCAGUUUCAUUGCUCAGGUCAUAAUGCUGAACCACCCAGGCAAAAUCAAGGUUGGCUACUCCCCUGUACUAGACUGCCACACAACUCAUGUUUCCUGUCGUUUUGCUGAACUAAAGGAGAAGCUUGAUCGGCGUACGGGGAGGAAACUGGAGGACUUUCCCCAGUAUCUGAUGUCGGGAGAUGGUGCCACAGUCAAACUUGUCCCAAACAAACCCUUGUGUGUGGAGAGCUUCUUUCAUUAUCCACCUCUAGGUCGAUUUGCCGUAAGGGACUUGAAGCAGACCGUUGCUGUUGGAGUAAUAAAGUCUGUGGAGAAGACGGACCAAGCUAAAAAGACCUCACAGAAAGCUCCUGUAUCAAAAUGAGUUACUCAUUUGUCUCUUUUAUAAUACUUUAUUUACCAGCAGUCUGGUAUAUGAACUGAAACGUUCUUUAAGUUGAGCACUUCUGUAUAGUUUUGUAACACUUUAUUUUUCCUUAAAGUGAAGCCGCUUUUAAUGCGUUGCUGGUGUAUUGGGUUGUUUAAAGUGACUCUAGGGCCCAAUAUGAUGUUUGGCAUGGCUGUAGAGAGAAGCCUUGUAUGCUGCUGGACUGCAAAUAAAUUUGAGUUUUCACUU